AUGUCUGGAGCUUGGUGUUGCUCGCAGGCAACAGAACCCUUCUUCUACACCGGAGAGUUGCAAAAGUACAAGGUGCCCGGAAUCAUCUUGCUCUUCGACGGCUCCAUGCUGCUUGCGCUCGGGCUGGUGACCAUUUGCGCUUCGGGGACCAUGCUCAGGCUCGUCCUCAUAUCGCUAUGCCAGAUUCUCUACGUGUGCUUGGUGCUAGAAUCUGUCGCUGGGGCCGUGGCUAUCGCCCUGGACACGACUGCGAGAGAUGAUGCUUUCUACGAGGCUUUAUUGAGGGACGUGGAGCGGAACUAUGGCCGAGAGCCGAAGAUUACAUUCGCCAUAGACAAAAUGCAGAUCGCUUUCAACUGUUGCGGGGUGGAUGGUCCUGAAAACUGGCCCGAGACUUUAUGGGCGAGGAAUGUAUUAGUGGAAGAUUCAGCCGGCCACCUACCCCUCUCUUGCUGUGGGAAGGACGUGCACAGGUGCAACGAGGCUAAUGAUGCCCUGAGAAAGAAGGUGAUGCUAUCAAACCGCCCUGUGGGUUAUGUUGGCGCCGUGCAUUGUUUGCUCCUGCAAGAUGUUUGA